UGAAUAAUUAGUGUCAAUAAAGGGAAAAUAAUUUUCUUGAUAGUUUUAUCUUGUCUUUUAGAAAGCAAAAUGUCAUCAGUGGAAGCACACCAGGAGCAGUUGUCCCAGUCAGAUCCAUCCCCAUCACCAAACUCAUGUAGUUCCUUUGAGCUGUUAGACAUGGAUGCUGGCAGUUUGUAUGAACCAGUUUCUCCACAUUGGUUUUAUUGUAAGAUAAUAGAUUCUAAAGAGACGUGGAUUCCUUUCAACUCUGAGGAUUCUCAGCAGCUGGAAGAGGCAUAUGGCUCCGGAAAAGACUGUAAUGGGAGAGUUGUCCCCACUGAUGGGGGCAGGUACGAUGUUCAUCUGGGGGAGAGGAUGCGGUAUGCUGUGUACUGGGAUGAACUGGCAUCAGAAGUGAGGCGAUGUACCUGGUUUUACAAGGGGGACAAAGACAAUAAAUAUGUUCCCUACUCGGAGAACUUCAGCCAAGUGUUAGAGGAAACUUACAUGCUUGCCGUAACCUUGGAUGAAUGGAAAAAGAAACUGGAGUCUCCCAACAGAGAAAUUAUUAUAUUACACAAUCCAAAGCUCAUGGUACAUUACCAGCCAAUUGCUGGAUCUGAUGAAUGGGGUUCAACACCCACUGAGCAAGGUCGACCAAGAACAGUGAAGAGAGGGGUUGAAAACAUCUCUGUUGACAUCCAUUGUGGGGAACCUUUACAAAUAGAUCACUUGGUUUUUGUAGUUCAUGGAAUUGGACCAGCUUGUGAUCUCCGCUUUCGGAGCAUUGUACAAUGUGACCUGCAGCGGAUAACCCUACCCAGCAUUAACCGCCUCAGGCAUUUCACCAAUGACACUAUUCUGGAUGUCUUCUUCUACAAUAGCCCCACCUACUGUCAGACUAUUGUGGACACAGUAGCUUCUGAGAUGAACCGAAUAUACACACUUUUUCUGCAGCGGAAUCCUAACUUCAAAGGGGGUGUCUCUAUUGCUGGUCAUAGUUUAGGUUCACUUAUAUUGUUUGAUAUCCUAACAAAUCAGAAAGAUUCUUUGGAGGAUAUUGACAAUGAAAAGGGUUCACCCUCUACCGUUAUGGAUCAAGGAGAUACACGAACACUAGAGGAAGAUUUGAAGAGACUUCACCUCUCUGAAUAUUUUAGUAUCUUUGAGAAGGAGAAAGUAGAUAAGGAAGCUCUGGCUUUAUGUACAGACAAAGAUCUUCAGGAAAUGGGAAUUCCCUUAGGACCAAGAAAGAAGUUACUAAACUAUUUUGGGACCAGAACAAGUGCAAUGGGUAUUAAUAGACCAACACAAUCUGCUUCUGAGGUUAAUAGCUCCAAAGGAUCUGAAUUCUGCAGCAGUUCUGAUAGCAGAAGUGAUGACUAUCUAGAUGUUGGCAUUGGGCAGGUGUCUGUAAAAUAUCCCCGGCUCAAAUAUAAACCAGAAAUAUUCUUUGCCUUUGGGUCACCUAUCGGAAUGUUCCUUACUGUUCGAGGACUAAAAAGAAUUGAUCCCAAUUACAGAUUUCCAACAUGCAAUGGUUUCUUCAAUAUUUAUCAUCCUUUUGAUCCUGUGGCCUAUAGGAUUGAACCAAUGAUAGUUCCCGGAGUAGAAUUUGAACCAAUGCUGAUCCCACAUCAUAAGGGCAGGAAGCGAAUGCACUUAGAACUGAGAGAGGGCUUAACCAGGAUGAGUAUGGAUCUUAAGAACAACUUGCUAGGUUCACUGCGGAUGGCCUGGAAGUCUUUCACAAGAGCUCCAUAUCCUGCCUUACAAGCUUCAGAAACAGCAGAAGAAACUGAAGUAGAAUCUGAGUCAAGUUUGGAAAAGUCCAGUGAUGUUAACACCGAAGAGCCCCCUGUGGCAGUGAAAGAAGACCCCCCCAUCAAUGUGGGAAUGCUCAAUGGAGGCCAGCGCAUCGACUAUGUGCUACAGGAGAAACCUAUUGAAAGUUUUAAUGAAUAUUUAUUUGCUUUACAAAGCCACCUAUGUUACUGGGAGUCUGAAGAUACAGUAUUGUUGGUUCUCAAAGAGAUCUACCAAACCCAGGGUAUCUUUCUUGAUCAGCCCUUACAAUAAAAUGAUCCAUCUAUAGUUGUUUAAUAUGGACUUUGAGGGGUCCUUCCCCUGAAAACCCACCUGUUCGUUGCUGAAAUCUUCUCUUCAGCUGCAUCAUUUCCUGCAUGUUGUCUGCUCGUUAUGCACCAUGUCUUUGGAAGAUGAUCUCCCUUUUUGGAAUUGAGUGGAAAGGCAAGGGGAAGAUGCUAUUUCCAUUUUACCACCGACUUCAAGUAAACACUUGCCACUCUUUAUGGGGGCAUUUGAAUCAUCUAAUUGUCUGGUGAUAUUAGGCGCCACACUUCUUGCUGAUCUCAUGAGAUGGAAUAUGGUCUAUUUGUUUUAGAUUGGUUUAGGGUUGGUUAGUUGUUUUUUUUAAAGGAAAUUAUUGCUUAUUUUUAGAAAAUGAUAUUCUAAUUUGGGAGCAGAGUCUUGAAAUACUGAAGGCAUUUAAAGGUACACUUAUCUGUUUUUUUUUUUUUUUGCACUGAAUGCUAAUCUAGGUGGGUAUCGAGGAAGGCUACUAGGUUUACCUUGUUUCUUUCCUUCGUGUUUAUGACAAGAUAGACUGGAAUGAAGCUGGAUAAGAAUUGGGUUUUUUUGUUUUUGUUUUUUUCUGAGACAGGAUCUUGCUAUGUUAUGUAGCCCAGGUUGGCAUUGAAGCUGUAAUCUCUUGCCUCAGCUUUCCUGGUGCUAGGAUUACAAGUGUGAGCUACCAUGAAGAACAUUAUUUACACUCUUAGAACUGGACUUACUGCUAGGGAACACUGACGCUAUUCAUUGUUUUUAUGACUGAGCUGCUAUAAGUCUAAAGUGGAGAAUUUAAUUCACAGUAGGUACAUCUGUAUAAAGCAAUGAUGUUAUCUAUUAUAGAUGCCCCAUUUAUACCAUACUUCAAAUUGUGGGAUUUGGGGUGAGAUUUUAGGUAAUUCUUUGAUAACACUUGUAUUCUUGUGUUGAGGGUGAAGUUGUAAAAGCUGAUGAACCUGACAUUGUAUGGCCUUUACUGGCUACUUAGGUUAUAAAUGAAAUCUCUUGGGGGUACCUUGUGAAACAGUUGAAAUCACCUACCAGUCCCACUUGGAUAAAGGUGGUGCUGUGAUGUUCUCUUCAAAAACAUUUUGUAAGUAUCGGUACUGUUAAACAGAAUGCUUAUUUAAAAGGCUGUGUUAGUUGAGCAAAUGCAUCUGACUAGGAGGACAUAACUAUUCUGAAAAAAACCCGACCCUAUGCCUGUAAGUUCCAGGAGCAGCUACUGCAGUUACUGUCAGUUAAGAGCAUGCACAGUGAGAUUUACCUUGCAGAACACAGGUGACUAUAGACUAAACUUUUUCCUAAGCAUCUGCUCACAACUUUGCUGUAGGUAUUUUCUUCCCUUUAACAGCAUUUAUUGUCAUUCAGUUCUCUUUAUGAGCCCUUUAGGCUUCCUCUUGGAUUUCCAGAGAUACAAGUGGCAGAGGUAGGCAACCUAUAUUUUGUAAUUUAUAAAAUAUUUUGGCCAAUAUAUCAUGGUAUCCAAAGCACUGGUAUUAAUAGUCACUGAAGCCAUUCCUCAGAUAGUAAUGGUCUUUAACUUUUUCUGUAUAGACAAGGAGGUUAAUUAUUGUCACUAUGUUUAUGGAGGAGAGGGUUAGGUAACAGUCAAGCCUGGCCUUUCCUUAUCAUCUGCAUAUGGACUAAGUGCUGAACAAGUAAGCUGCUAAGUUUCAGAUAAACGGAAUUCCUUAUUUUUAUUAUUAUAUAAAUUCUGAGUAAGAGUUUUGUCAAGUUGAUGUCUUCAACUAGUUGUUUAAGAAUAAACCAAAGGACAACUAAGAGUUGAGUCCUGUAACGUAACCAAAGAUGGACAGCUUAACACCCGUAGAACUAAAGGAACCACUGGAGUGGAAUGGAAGCCUCCUUUCCUGGUGGUUUACUUCAUCCUUCUACUAGUGGAAUUCUGGCUGCAUAGUACACACAUUUAAUAAGCUCGAUUGAAGUUCUUUAUUUAGUCAUGCAUCAUUUGCACUGCUUCACUUGUAUCAUGUGCAAUCUCUGACCAAGCCUAUUUUUAGACUCCAAUGUAACAUUAUUUUUUACGUACUCCUAGCUACAGAAUUAAGAUUGCUUAUUUCAAUAAGUCACUGUUUGCUUGGAAAGUUGAUAGCACUGAUUAGCUUUCUAAUAUUUUGCACUUUUGAAAUGUUUGUUUUUUACGUGAUUAUAUACAAAACUUUAGUAAAUACUAAAAUAAAACUGUAUUGACUAGU